AUGGCGGCGGCGGCGGCAGCAGCAGCAGCAGCAGCAACCGGAGGUGGUGGGGAGCGGAGCAGCACUCGGGACCGGCUCCUGGCGGCGCUGGAGGAUCUUGAGCUCUUGGCCAGGGAACUAAUUGAAAUUUUGGCAAUUUCAAGAAACCAGAAGAUUCCACAACCAGGAGAGGAGAGCCAGAUCCUGGAACUGCUGAUUCAGAGAGAUGGAGAGUUUCAAGAGCUAAUGAAGUUGGCAGUUGAUCAGGGGAAAAUCCAUCAUGAAAUGCAGCUUUUAGAAAAGGUGGUAGAAAAGCGAGAUAAUGAUAUUCAGCAGCUGCAGAAACAACUAAAAGAAGCAGAGCACAUACUGGCAACAGCUGUUUAUCAAGCAAAGGAAAAGCUGAAAUCAAUUGAAAAGGCAAGAAAAGGUGCCAUUUCCUCUGAAGAAAUAAUUAAAUAUGCCCAUAGGAUCAGUGCUAGCAAUGCUGUUUGUGCCCCUCUGACAUGGGUACCAGGGGACCCACGUAGGCCAUAUCCUACAGAUCUGGAAAUGAGGAGCGGUCUCUUGGGUCAGAUGAAUAACCCAUCCACCAAUGGAGUUAAUGGACAUUUACCAGGGGAUGCACUUGCAGCUGGCAGACUACCAGAUGUGCUUGCUCCUCAGUAUCCUUGGCAGUCAAGUGAUAUGUCAAUGAACAUGCUACCUCCUAAUCAUAGUAAUGACUUCAUGUUGGAACCUCCAGGACACAAUAAAGAGAAUGAAGAUGAUGUAGAAGUUAUGUCAACAGACUCCUCAAGCAGCAGCAGUGACUCAGACUAGGUACAGGAGGGACAGUAUCCCUAGUAGACCUUUCCUGUGGUGAAGGUAGGCUGGAUGCUGUUCAUCACAAACUACAAGACCCUUUUGUUAACGCUGGCAGCCCUAUGUAGGGAGAGGGUAACUGCUGGCUCAGAAAUAGGGUGACAUUUAAAACAGUGGACUUCAGAAUUACUUUUUUUUUUUCCCAUUAAGAUGUUCAGGUGAAAUGACUGGGAGCUUUCUGCCAGAGGACAGAUGUCAGUUUCCAGUGAUUAUGUAAAUGUGUGAAUGUGUAUGUU